AUGGACGGCGUCGAUGCUUUGCCUGUUGCUCCGAAGAGGAAGCAGAACGACUCAGUGAUGGCUGGACCACCAAAACAACGGAAGGGUGGUGCCUACGACACGGGCAAGAAGAAGUCUGCGUCGUGGUGCGAUGACAGCGUGGCACGACUCUUCUUUCUUCGCUACAAAACCGAACUCGCCAAUCGGUUCGACUCCAAGAACAACAACUAG